AUGGGCAGCAAGGAAGAUGCGGGCAAGGGGUGUCCGGCGGCCGGCGGCGUCUCCAGCUUCACCAUUCAGUCCAUCCUGGGCGGGGGCCCCUCGGAGGUGCCACGGGAGCCCGCCGGCUGGCCGACCAGGAAGCGCAGCCUGUCCGUGUCCUCGGAGGAGGAGGAGCCGGACGACGGCUGGAAGGCACCCGCCUGCUUCUGCCCAGACCCGCACGGCCCCAAGGAGCCCGGCCCCAAGCACCACCCCCCCAUCCCCUUUCCUUGCCUGGGUACCCCCAAGGGCAGCGGAGGCGCCGGGCCGGGGAGCUCGGAGCGCACGCCUUUCCUUUCUUCUUCGCACCCGGACUUUAAGGAAGAGAAAGAGAGGCUCUUGCCCGUGGGCUCGCCGUCGCCGGGGCCCGAGCGGCCGCGGGACGGCGGCGGCGCCGAGCGGCCGGCGGGCGCGGCCAAGAAGAAGACGCGCACGGUCUUCUCGCGCAGCCAGGUGUACCAGCUGGAGUCCACCUUCGACAUGAAGCGCUACCUGAGCAGCUCGGAGCGCGCCUGCCUCGCCUCCAGCCUGCAGCUCACCGAGACCCAGGUCAAGACUUGGUUCCAGAACCGCCGCAACAAGUGGAAGCGGCAGCUCUCCGCGGAGCUGGAGGCGGCCAACAUGGCGCACGCGUCGGCGCAGACUCUGGUGGGAAUGCCGCUGGUGUUCCGGGACAGCUCGCUGCUGCGCGUGCCGGUGCCGCGCUCGCUCGCCUUCCCCGCGCCGCUCUACUACCCGGGCAGCAACCUCUCGGCCUUACCUCUCUACAACCUCUACAGCAAGCUCGACUACUGA